CCACUCGAUUUUGUCUUAUUCAGGUUCGUUCAAAUUUCAAAAUAGAGCAAAUAUGAUCAGAAUUUUUUAGCUCAUUUUUCAAACAAGCUGAAUUUUGAGCAAUGCAUAGCUAGACUCAUAUGAACUUGGCUUGGCUUGAAUAGGUUCAUAUUGUAAAUAAUUCUUAAUUUAUUCCCAAACAAAGCCCCUAUUUAAAAGAUGAUCAAAUUCAGACCUAUCCUCAAAUAAAUCCAGGUUUUGUACACUUGCCUCACUCUUCUCUAAUAAAUUUUCUUGAAAUUUGAAAUUGUAGAGUUUGAUUUUAUAGUUAAUUAUAUAGAAUCUUAGAUUAUCUUUUUUCAGAAAUGGAUUAUUUUAAGAUUAAUUGCUAGGUUUUAGGGUUAAAUUUUUGGAAAAUUUUGGGGAGUUCGGUUUCAACUCAAAUGCUUCCAAGCUUUUGCCUAGCCUUGGGCAAGGAUUUAAGCUCGAGAGUUGAGCUUGGCAAGCUCUCGAGCUCGACCAGUCACAACUGAGUGGAGUGUGAUAAUACUGAAGCUUGGCAUUAUUAGCUUGAUUAGCACCCCUACUUAAGAGCACUUCAAGCCAUACACUCACUCAAGCAAUAUUUCAGACUGCACUGUCUCCGCUUCUACUUGGAACUAAAGGGCUUCUUGUUCAAUAUUUAACUUCCUAGUUCACUGAUUCUCGUGUAAUACCUUCACCUUGUGAACAUAACCAUCUGUUUUAGAUUCCAUGGAUAGGGCAAUAAUUUGGUUUUUUCUGAGAUUGCUUCCUCUUUUUAUUGGUUCUUUCCUGUUUUCCAGGCUGUAAUGGAUUACCACCGAGUAAUAGCUAACUAUUUUAACUGGAAGGGGGUACACGUGAUAUUUGUUCUUCGGAGAAAUCUUUUGCGGAGACUUGUAUCUGUCCUUGCAAAUGCUUAUGACAGUGAAGCAAAGCUAAUCAACGGCACCCACAAGUCUCAUGUGCAUACAAAAGAAGAGGCUGAUCUGCUGGCACAAUUCAAGCCCACUAUCAAUGUUAAUCUUCUGACACAAAAUCUGGCCAAAGCUGAACACACGAUGGCCAAUUCCUUAGAAUACUUCAAGACCACUCGCCACCUAGUACUAUAUUAUGAAGAUCUGAUGAAAAAUCCCAAGUUACUAUCAUAUGCCCAAGAAUUUCUAGGAGUUCCAGUCAGAAAACUUGAGAGCCAGCAAGUUAAGAUUCACACAAAACCUCUUUCUGAACAGAUUAAUAAUUGGGACGAUGUUCACAGGACACUCAAAGGAUCACCAUAUGAGCAUUUUCUCGACGAACCAGAUUACUUUCGCUAG